GCUCUGAAAAAAUGACUCUUUAACAGAACUUCAAAAUCCAAAACCCUAGUUACGGUGCUGAACCAUUCGAUUACUCAAAGAUACGACGAUGGCUGAGCAGCCACCGCAAGUCGACCCACAGGCGGCGGCGGGGCCACCGCUACAGCCCCCGCGGCAAGAUAUGAUAGCGUGCGUGAUGGCACUGGAGGCUGCUCUGCUCCCAUGCUUGCCCGCCAGAGAGCUCCAAGCUAUCGACCGCUCGCCUCACCCUUCCCAUCAGAUUGAUGUGGAGAGGCAUGCUAGAGAUUUUAUGGAGGCUGCUAAAAAGCUUCAAGUGUAUUUUAUUAGUCUGCAACGCGAAGAUCAACCAACCAAGGCAGAAACACUUCGAAAGGAGAUUGCUGUGAUGGAAGAGGAGUUGAGGUUGAAGACUGAGCUUAUCAAUAAGCAGGAAAGAUUGAUCCAAGGUUGGAGGAAGGAGUUGAAAGACCAGUUGGACAAACACAAUACUGAGUUGGAGAGAGUGUAGUAAACAAUGGUGGAUACAAUUGACUUAAUCUAACACAUCAUUUCAUAUGAGAAGAAAACUUUUGGUGGUGUAGGGUUGGCUUGUAUUGUGUAUAGAUUGCUUUACUGAUUUUGCCUUUUCUUUUUCUUCUGCUACUACCUGAAUAGAUGGCUCUUCUUCCCUCUAUCCCUCCUUUGUGCUAAGAAGUAAGAACAUUCCCUCCUUUUUGGCAUGUUAAUUUAAAAUGUAAUUGUUGGUGCUUUCUAAUGGAAUUAAUUUUUGUUCUUCUCUA